GGACGUCAAGUUGGAAGGCAGUUUUGAUGGCCUUCCUCUGACCUCCCAUCCAAUAAAUAAGACACCCUCCUCAUGUCUCGAUUGCUCUGGCGGUCCCGUUUGCCUUUCCCCGUCAUCCUCACUCUCGCACGAACAACUCCCAUCCAGCCUUCUGGCACGCGACCUAUCUCUCCCCGACACGAUCUCGCUUUGGGCUCGAUCACUUGAAGUCUAACGCCACCUAUACCGUAAGUCCAGGUAAGCCUACACCUACGAUUUCCGAAGUAUGCCAACUGACCAAGCAAUCAAGGUUAUUUGCUUACAUGCGACCCGGUAGCGCGCUUUUCCGUGAGCUGGACGAAAAGUUGGAGCUUCUACAAGGCCUUGACCUAUCGGAUGACACUCACCGAUGUACAUAUGACGAGUUCGAGUCACUCGAUUCCCAUCCUUCGACAUUAACAUUGCCAUAUGAGGAUGAGGAAGACUUCGAGGCCUGUGAUGCAUGUGUCUAUGACCCGGUCAUGUUCUCUCCUUCAAGCCCUAUGCGUAGUUCGUUCUCUCCUGCCCAGGAACAUGUUGCGAAUAGUAGAGACAAGCCUCUUCCGAGCACGCCAAGCUCCAGUUUGCGUCGUUGGUCACCUCCACCACCACCAUCUACACCGCGAUUGACACGCUCCCCGGCAUCUUCAUCCCCUUCGUCCACGCGUUCCUCCAUCGCCCCGUAUUACUUCACAAGCGCGCCUUACUCACCACCGCACUCACCAAAGCAACAGCUUACGCAUUCUGUCUCACCAAGCGUGUCUUCACGCCCGCCUCUUUCUCAUUCGACGUUCCCCUCCAUCUCCUCGACCUUGUCAAGUCUCAAGGAACGUGAGUCUGAAGUGCGGAAACGAAGCGGGGUAUUCGUUACUGACAUGUCUGGACCUCAAGCACAAGUCAUAACUGAGCGUGGACAUAGCUUCGUCAUUGCCAACCGACCAACAAGGAAGAGCAGUCGCGACGCUUUGAUGGAACUCGCAGACGCGUCUGAGCUGACCAUUGCCACCACUCUCCCUCGGAGAAAACCACGGCCCACGCUCCCUAUGCUCUCAACAUCUGUAUCUUCUCCGCAGCUUCGAACUCGAGCCAGACUGGGAUCCGCUCCGGCGUCCCCAAUCAGCGCAGUCACGCCUUCGUCUCCAGAUAUGGAUUACCAGGUGGGCGCGUGCCAACAAAUGGAGCGUUCGCAUACAUUCCCGACUGCCCAGUCUUUCGACGAAGCUGCGGAGGCUGAGCUCUCAUCCCGUUGGUCAAUGGAUUCCGCCGGUCCUUUGCCAGCCAGCACAUCUUCUGGUUCACGUACUCCAGUGCCAGAGCCGCCUUCAUCACCGACCAAGACACGGAAGAGGGACAGACUAUUCAGUUUCAUCCCACGACGGAACGGGUCGAAGUCAUCUCCAGAAGCUAGUCCAAGCGCCCACCAAGAGAGCAAAGAAGCUGAUCCACGUCGAGAUUCGAGACGGACCUCGCGUAUGACUUCACAACCAUUCGCUUCUACUCUUUCCCUAGCGACACCGACAAUACAUGACAACGCGCCAUACCCGCCGAUCCCAAUGUCGUCCUCAUUCUCCUCAACCGCUGCGACUUCCUCCACGUCGAGUUCCGUCACCUCGCUGAGCACUCCAGUGGACAGUACUGCGAACCUCAUUGAUCCAUUCUCCGCAAGCCCGACGUGUGCCGAUUUCUCAUUCAUACCUGAUCCAGCACAUCCUACCCCCUACGACUGUCCUGAUUCGCCCACGCUGCAUCCCACACUCCCGCUUCCUUCCCCUCGAACACCCACGGCGUCGUUCCUUAUUCCCGUGCGUGCCAGCACCAACGUUCCGUUCCUCUCUGCGCUCUCGCUUCGUUACAAGUUGCGACGCAAGAAGAAGUUAAUCGUUUCGCAUCCUACUCUACUUCCAAGCCGUCAACAACCAGAAGAGGAUCUUGACGAUGAGCGGGAGAGGUAUGCGAUACAAAAGAGCAAGCAGCGGUUGUAUGAAAAUAUCUUGCAGUGGUGUGAAAGCUUUGGCACUGUUAAGAAUAUUGAAACUAAAGGUGAUGGUUUACACGUCUACUGGAAAGAUUGGGAAUCCGCUGAUAUGGUUUGUCGUAUCCAGGGUCAGGUCUCCAUCCCGAAUAUCGGUACUGUCAGCCUCUCUUGGCAGUACGUGAAGUAGAACAACUGAAUGCAACUCGCGAAUAACAAUCCCUCCUACCACUUACGCGAUCCCGGCGGACGACCCUCAUCACCACUGCGCAUCCACUCUCAUUUAUCAUUCUUUUUUUCUCUUGUUACGGCUCUCACGGCUCAUCCACGCUCCUUACGGUUUUUUAAUCCCGCUCUGGCAAUCCUCUGUAUCGUCAUACCCGACAUUCUUUUUUUGAUUAUCGUCGAUCUUCUGUCAAUCAACUCGCUCAUUGUAUCGGUUUUUCUCAAUCAAUUGUUGUACCACCACAACCCCCCACACUCCUUAUCCACCACACACCCCACGCUCGUUACUACCCUGCGCAAGGACCCGUUCAGUCUCCCAAGGCCGUCCCCCAAGGCCCACCGCCUAACCCACCCCAUCUUGAUUUCAUAUUAUCGGUUUUCAGGUCAUCAUCAUCGUUGUCGUCGCUUUUCCAUCAAGGACCCUAUUGUACCACCCCUCCUGGACUCUCUUCCUUUGGUCUCCCGCAGUCAUCCUCAUCCUCGCUAUCGAACAUUAUCAUCGCUUUUGCAUGUUUCCUCACAUCCCUACUCGUGUUUUAUCAAAAGGAGGGUCCUUCACCGGUGAAGGACUUCUUCAAAGCUCGCCUAUUGUUCAUCUUGGCUUUCAAAACUUUUUGUGUCGCCUUCACCGAAACAUUGAUCGUCGAACGUUUUUGAACAUUUGAACAAUCGAACGGUGAUCUUGCCGGUGGAGAAGAAGUAACCAAAAGGAAACAUUGUACAUCUGUUUGUAUAUUGUCGUCUUCCUCUUUCUUGUGUAAUAUAUUGUUUCAUUAUUGUAAAUACUGUCCUAUAGAGUUGAACGUUAGAGUUCUAUCCCAUACGUGUAUAGCAAUCUGAAUGUCUCUUUUGUUACUUGUGAAGUGUGAUAAGUCCCGCAGAGUUGACGUUGUCUGAACUUAGAAUUCUCGAAGUGUUCCGCUCCAUAAGUACUCAUCCAUGCCUUAGCAAUGAGGC